AUGGGUCAUUCACGACGUCCGGCUGGCGGGGAGAAGAAGAGUCGCGGCUUCGGUCGCUCCAAGGCCGCCGCCGAUGUGGGCGACGGGCGACAGGCGGGCAAGCCCCAGGUCAAGAAGGCCGUCUUUGAAAGCACAAAGAAGAAGGAGAUUGGUGUCUCUGAUCUUACCCUCCUCAGCAAAAUCUCCAACGAGGCCAUCAAUGACAACCUCAAACUCCGCUUCGAACAUGACGAGAUCUACACAUACAUUGGACAUGUGUUGGUGUCUGUGAACCCGUUCCGCGACUUGGGCAUCUAUACCGACCGUGUCCUCGAGUCCUAUCGGGGAAAGAACCGACUCGAAGUCCCACCCCACGUUUUCGCGGUCGCAGAAUCCGCCUACUACAACAUGAAGUCAUACAAGGAUAACCAGUGCGUGAUCAUCUCAGGAGAGUCGGGUGCGGGUAAGACGGAGGCGGCCAAGCGGAUCAUGCAGUACAUCGCCAGUGUGUCCGGCGGCAGCGACUCGUCCAUCCAACAAACAAAAGACAUGGUUUUGGCCACCAACCCGUUGCUGGAGUCGUUUGGUAACGCAAAGACCUUGCGCAACAACAAUUCCUCCCGGUUCGGAAAGUACCUGGAACUGGAAUUCAACACCAAUGGCGAGCCGGUGGGUGCCAACAUCACAAACUACCUGCUGGAGAAGUCAAGAGUGGUGGGACAAAUCACAAACGAGCGAAACUUCCACAUUUUCUACCAGUUCACCAAAGCUGCACCGCAGAAGUACAGAGAUAUGUUCGGCAUACAGCAGCCUCAGUCCUACCUCUACACCAGCCGAUCGAAGUGCUACGAUGUCCCCGGAGUCGAUGAUGCGGCCGAAUUUAGAGACACCAUCAAUGCCAUGGGUGUCAUUGGUAUGACCGAAGCGGAACAGGACGAGGUGUUCCGGAUGCUGGCUGCGAUCCUGUGGAUCGGAAACAUUCAGUUCGCCGAAGAUGACUCCGGGAACGCUGCCAUUACCGACCAGUCGGUGGUCGACUUUGUCGCAUACUUGCUGGAGGUCGAUGCCGCGCAGGUGAACAAGGCGCUCACCAUCCGGUUGAUGGAGACGGCCCGCGGAGGCCGCAGGGGAUCUGUCUAUGAGGUUCCUUUGAACACGGUGCAGGCGCUAGCUGUUCGUGAUGCGUUGUCCAAGGCGAUCUACUUCAAUCUCUUUGACUGGAUUGUUGGGCGGGUCAACUCUUCGUUGACCGCCAGAGGUUCUGUGGCGAACUCCAUCGGUAUCUUGGAUAUCUACGGGUUUGAGAUUUUUGAGAAGAACUCGUUUGAGCAACUGUGUAUUAACUACGUAAAUGAGAAGCUGCAACAGAUCUUCAUCCAGUUGACCCUGAAGGCGGAGCAGGAUGAGUAUGCGCGGGAACAGAUCCAGUGGACCCCGAUCAAAUACUUCGAUAACAAGGUGGUCUGCUCGUUGAUUGAGGACAAGCGUCCGCCUGGUGUCUUUGCAGCGCUGAACGAUGCCUGCGCGACAGCGCAUGCCGACUCGGGCGCGGCGGACAACACAUUCGUCGGCCGUCUGAACUUCCUGGGCCAGAACCCCAACUUUGAGAGCCGCCAGGGCCAGUUCAUCGUCAAGCACUACGCCGGUGACGUCAGCUAUGCAGUCGAGGGCAUGACCGACAAGAACAAGGACCAGUUGCUGAAGGAUUUGUUGAACCUCGCGGGUUCCAGCAGCAACCAAUUCGUGCACACCCUCUUCCCCAACCAGGUGAACCAGGAUGAUAAGAGACGUCCUCCCACCGCCAGCGACAAAAUCAAGGCCUCUGCCAACGACCUCGUGGCGACCCUGAUGAAGGCACAGCCAUCUUACAUUCGGACCAUCAAGCCCAACGAUAACAAAGCGCCCCGGGAGUACAACCAAGGGAAUGUGCUGCACCAGAUCAAGUAUCUGGGUUUGCAGGAGAACGUCCGUAUUCGUCGCGCUGGUUUCGCCUACCGUCAAACCUUCGACAAGUUCGUGGAGCGCUUCUACCUGCUGUCGCCCAAGACCUCGUACGCUGGUGACUAUACGUGGACGGGUGAUGAGGAGUCUGGCGCCCGCCAAAUCCUCAAAGACACCAGUAUCCCCGCGGAGGAGUACCAGAUGGGUAUCACCAAGGUGUUCGUCAAGACGCCGGAGACGCUAUUUGCCUUGGAGACGAUGCGCGACCGGUACUGGCACAACAUGGCCAUUCGCAUCCAGCGUGCUUGGCGCAACUACCUGCGCUACCGCAUCGAAUGCGCCAUCCGCAUCCAGCGGUUCUGGCGUCGCAUGACAGGCGGUCUGGAGUUCAUUAAACUACGUGACCAAGGACACCAGGUCCUCCAGGGCAAGAAGGAGCGGCGCAGGAUGAGUUUGCUCGGGUCGCGGCGCUUCCUCGGAGAUUAUGUGGGAGUUGGCAACAAGGGUGGCCCGGGCGAAAUGAUCCACAACGGUGCAGGCAUUAACGGAUCGGAAAAUAUUCUCUUCUCUUGCCGUGGUGAAGUAUUGAUUUCCAAGUUUGGCCGGUCUAGCAAGCCGGCACCGCGCAUCUUUGUUUUGCUGACAACGCAGACCAACCGACACGUCUACAUCGUGGCACAAACGCUGGUCAACAACCAGCUUCAGAUUGCGUCAGAGCGGACGAUACCUAUCGGAGCGAUCAAGUCCGUCAGCACAUCCAACUUGAAAGACGACUGGUUCUCGCUGGUGGUGGGCGGACAGGAGCCAGACCCGCUGAUGAACUGCGUCUUCAAGACCGAGUUCUUCACACACCUCACCAACGCCCUUCGGGGGCAGCUGAACCUGAAAAUUGCCGACCACAUCGAAUACAACAAGAAGCCGGGCAAGCUGGCUACCGUCAAGGUGGUCAAGGACCCUGGGGCCUCGAACGUCGAUAGCUACAAGAGCAGCACCAUCCAUACGAGUGCGGGUGAACCGCCUAGCUCCGUGUCCAAACCCACGCCACGCCCGAAGCAGGUUGCUGCGCGACCCGUGACGAAGGGCAAGUUGCUCCGCCCCGGCGGUCCUGGCGGCGGACCUUCGAAACUGGCAUCCAGACCUGCACCGGCGCGCCAGCCUAUGCCGCAGCCCACGCCGCAGCCGGCUGCCGUGCAACCACCCCCCGCCCCCCGGCCAGCUGUGUCGCCCGCAGCGCAGCCCAGGCCGGUCCCUCAACCGGUUGCCGCGGUUGCCGCAGCGCAGCACACACGCAAUGCAUCCUCCAGUUCCACAAGGGCGCCGCCCCCGCCUCCCCCGGCGACGCCCCCAGCAGCCCAGAGGAAGCCGAUGGCGAAGGUGUUGUACGACUUCAACAGCGACCAGUCCAACGAACUGUCGAUCCGGGCGGGCGAUCUUGUGCAGAUUGUCUCCAAGGAAGGAAAUGGAUGGUGGUUGUGUAUGAAUACCACGACAUCGGUCCAGGGCUGGACGCCCGAAGCCUACCUGGAGGAGCAAGUGGCAGCGUCACCCAAGCCUGCACCGCCCCCGCCGCCACCAGCCGCACCCCGCGCCAGCCCCGUGCCGGCGACUAAUGGUGCCGCCGCCGCUGUGGCCGCCAAAGCCAAGGCCAAGCCCGCACCGCCGGCCCCGCCAGCCAAGCGGCCCAACAUGGCAGGGCGGAAGGUGGCGCCCGCACCCCCCGCGGCGCCACGUGAUAGCGCAGUGAGCAUGAACUCGCACGACUCGUCGGGAGGCAGUGGACGGGGGACGCCAAACAGCGCGUCGAACGCGAGUCUGGCGGGAGGAUUGGCGGAGGCGCUGAAGGCGCGACAGCACGCGAUGCAGGGACAUCAUGAUGAAGAUGACGAGUGGUGA